UAUCUCAGAAACAAGUGUGCGUUAACGGUUAAACAUUGACAAUGGAUAAAUUACUAAAAACUCUUUCCAUGGUUGUUCUUUUAUGUGCCGUGUCCUGUCUUAUAGCAGUCUUGGCUUUAGUGUUGACAAUGCAUGAUUUACCAAACACAGUUAAAACUGGUGAAAUAUGUUUACCUAGUGAAAAUGGUCCGCUCAAAUGUGGAUCAACUGUUGACUUACUACAUGAUUAUCUUGAACGGAACAUUGCCACGCAGUAUUAUGAAGCAAAAAGGCAAGAUAAAAAGAAACGGCAGAAUUACCUUGACCGUUUAAUUAAUGUUUAUGACAAAUAUUUCUGGGAAAUGAUACCAGCUGCAAAACUCACCGGAAAGGAACAACCGGAUUUGCGAAAAACUCAUAUCGGUGUUGAAAUGGUUCAAAUAAGACAGUGGUGUAACGGUAGAGAACUUUAUGAUACAAAAGGCUUUAUGAGACAUGGAAUUAGAUACAGAAAUGGUCGACUAGUUGUUCCAGUAGAUGGCACAUAUUUCAUUUACUCUAAUCUGGACUUUUUCGAGUCCUGCAAUCCUUCAUCUGGUUUACCAGAUGUCAAAGAUAUCAAUAAACCAAUUAAACACGGUAUUUUUAAGUUCAAUAUUCUUGACGGAGAGGAAAACGAAUUAGUAUCAAAUGUACAACCACAUACUAUCUCUACCAACCGAUACUACAAUUCAUACAAUAGUUAUGUUUCAUCACUGGCAGAACUAAAAGCUGGUGAUGAACUUUCUGUUAAAGUUAGCAAUAUUACAUAUAUAAGAUACACAAAGGACAAUUAUUUUGGAGUAAAUCUAAUAUGACGCUAUCCUCGCCCUGGGGAACACGUGCACGUCGUGGUGGGGGCACAAUACGUCAAUUUCAGUACAUUAUACGCUGCACAUUACGUGUUGACCAAUUGCCCUUUAACUCUACAAAGGAUCAAACUGAUCUUUAUGUGCCAAAUUCUUUUUGGUAAUAUUUUACGUUAAUUUCCUUGAACAUGGUUUGGUUUGAGUUUCACCUUUUCCAAACUUUUUAUAUCUGUAUUUCAUACAUGAACCUUUAAAGUAUAUAAUGCACAGCAGUUUCAGAAUGUUUUUAAUGCCAAGUUGUUCACAAUUUUUAAAGCAAAUACUCAGUUUCAAACCGACUGUCUUUGAUAUUGUUGAGAAAUAAUAACAUAUUCUUUUACUAUUGUGUUAUACCUUGGAUCUAAUAUAUUGGGAAAACUUCAAGUGUUUCAGCAGGUUAAGACACACCUGAAGAGUAGAGAUGUCAUUAAUUGCUUUUAAUCAGAAAGAACACGACGUACACGUUAACUCAUCUCUGAUUUUGAGAGUUUUGUAGCUACAAAAUAAACGGAAAUUUUGUU